AUUUACUCCUUCCAACACAUUUGCCCUCCCAGAAGGCCUCCACACUCUCCAAGCUCGACGAAAUGCUUUACCUCGUGGGACUUGGCCUGUCCGAUGAGACGGACAUUACCGUCAAGGGGCUCGAAAUUGUCAAGAAGGCCGCACGUGUCUAUCUCGAGGCCUACACCAGCAUCCUGCUGGUCGAGCAAUCCGUUCUCGAAUCUUACUAUGGCCGGCCCAUCCUAGUCGCCGACCGGGAGAUGGUCGAGUCGAAUAGCGACGAGAUCCUGCGAGACGCCCAGACGGUCGAUGUGGCCUUCCUUGUGGUCGGCGAUCCCUUCGGCGCGACCACGCACACUGAUCUUGUGUUGCGGGCGCGCGAGCUGGGGAUCCCCGUGGGGACGGUGCCCAAUGCCUCGAUCCUGUCCGGCAUCGGCGCCUCCGGCCUCCAGCUGUACAACUUCGGCCAGACGGUCAGCAUGGUCUUCUUCCUGGACAAUUGGCGGCCGGCGAGUUUUUAUGACCGGAUAAAGGAGAACAGAGACAUCGGGCUGCAUACGCUGGUCUUGCUCGACAUCAAGGUCAAGGAGCAGAGCUUGGAGAACCUGGCGCGCGGGAGGAAGAUCUACGAGCCACCGCGAUACAUGACCGUCGGUACCUGUGCGAAGCAGAUGCUGGAGGUUGAAGAGGAGAAACGGGGAGGAGUCUAUGGGCCGGAAAGCCUGGCCAUUGGCGCUGCCAGGGUUGGUGGCAAGACGGAGAAGUUCGUGGCCGGGACGCUCAAGGAGCUCUGCGACGCCGACGACCUGCUUGGCCCGCCUUUGCAUAGCCUUGUCUUGCUGGGCAGGAGAACACACGAGCUGGAGUAUGAUUACGCUAGGGAAUUUGCCAUCAACCGAGACACGUGGGAGAGCAUCUGGAAGGCCGAGUAUCAGGGAAGGCAGUAACAGAAUCGCGAAUGAAUCUCUCUUGUCGUGCGAAGACCUCCAUGUCUGGACAUCAGCUUCGCUGAUCUCUCUCAGCUUGUUCACAUGCGCAGGUUUGCCUGUGACGCUACCCUGGGCUACCUCGACAACCUGACCAA